UUGGGCAAUUGGAAUGCUAAAUUCUUGGGGGAAAUAGAUACGAUAAUGGAAAAUGCCUAUCUCCUCCUCCUCCUCCUCCUCCACAGCUCCGCAUUUCCCGUCCAGAUCAACUGCUUCUUCCAAUCUCCGCCUUUGAUUCUUCCCAAUCCGACGGUCCCAAUGCUCUCUCCCUAGAUUUACCUCCAGCGAUCUCCAGCACCAGCACGCCAAGCCAAGCCAAGCCUAGCCUAGCCUCCUCCUUCCUCGAGAUUCCACCAUUGCGGGCAUGAAUUACCGCUGAUCGAUCGGUCCCCUUCCCUUCGGAUUCAAUCUGGCUCUGAAUGUGGUGCCGUCUUCUUCUUCUUCUUCUUCGGAAUCAUGAUUUCGAAUCCGAAUUUGAUCCUCUACGCCUGCGUUUCCAAGGGGACGACGAUCCUCGCGGAAUUCAAUUGCCGGGACGCCGAUCUCGCCGAUCUCGCCUCCAGAUGCCUCGAGAAAGCCCCCCAGUUUCACGCCACAUUCUCUCACACCGUCCGCAAGAGGACCUUCACCUUCCUCCUCGAUGAUCCCCUCAUCUACUUCACGAUCUACGACGACGCUCUCGAGACGUCCGAGGCUCUGUGUUUUCUGAGGAGCGUCAGGGACGCCUUCCGUGAGAUCAGAGUCAAGAGCGCCGGGGAUUUGAGUUCGCACUCUUUUCAGGGCGAAUUCAAUCCAGUUUUCCACCAGCUGCUCACGCCAGCGCCGGCGACGGAGAUGGAGUCGCCGCCGGACGCGCCGAAGCACGGCCACGCCGGGAGUUUCUCGGUGCCGCUGCUCAGUGGCGAUUCGACGUCGAAGUGCCUGGUAAUGAUCAAGAAGAAGAAGAAGAAGAGGUUGUUUGGCGUUGACGCGAAUGGCGAGAGCAAGGACGGAUUGGCGGAGAACAAGGUGGACGUGUGCGACGACAACGGCGUUAUUUUGAGCCGAGACUUUUCGAAGAGCGGAUUGUUCGUCAACGAUUCGCCGCACCAGAAGGCGAAGCACGUUUGGAAGAAGCAUGUUUGGGUGGUAUUGUCUCUGGACUUGAUCGUGUGCUUUAUCCUGUUCGCCAUCUGGUUGUGGAUUUGCAGAGGCUUCAAAUGCAUCGACGGUUGAAUCAAUCCUCUAGCACUGCAGCUUGCUUGUGAAACCAAUCCAAUCCAAUCUGCCGGGCAAUCAAAUUGUAAUAUCCCCUGUUUUCUCCUGACAAAAAAUUGAAGCCUUCUGUAUGAAUCUCAAGGUACAUUAUAUAGUUAUUUUCUCUACACUGUUCUUUGGCAAGGCCCUUCUUCUGCUACGCCUUAAUACACUACUGCACACCUGCGGAUUCUACAGGCUUAUACGUAUGCAAAUAUGGUUUCUCUGUUGUUUGUGAUUUGAA